AUGUCAUAUCUCAUUUGGUUUAGUAGCCAUAAUAGAUAUGAUAACUGCAAAAUUAGUGAGUUAAAAUCAUUAUUGGAAAUAUUUGGUCAUAAAAGAAAUGAAUUAUGGUUAAAUGAAAAGCAAAACAAUUAUGAGGGAGAAGUUUUUUUAAAAGUAAAUAUAACUGACGAAGAAUUAUGGAAAAAUAUACAAUCUAGAAGUAUUUUAAUUAAGGGAGUUAUUGAUUUAUGGAGCGAAGGCAUAUCAUAUAAUGACUUACAAAAAAAUUUAAUUACCAAAAAAUAUCUUUUUGAAAGAAAUUUAAGAAAUAAAAAGUGGUGUUUUUACUUUCAUUCUUUUGGUAAAGUGAUAAAUCAAAAUGAUAAAAAGAAAAAGAUGGAUCAUUUUAAAACAUUUUUUGAUGAAUAUAAAGAUAUUGAUAUAAUAAACCCAGAUGUACAAAUUGCAUUAUUUGAAGAGUACGAUAAAAAAAAUUCAGAAAUUUUAAAAAAAGUAUAUUUUGGUAAAUGUAUUGUACUAAGGAAAUAUCAAAAUUCAAUUUAUAAUAUAAACAGCGAAACUAAUGAAAAAACAAAAGUUUCAUGGUGGAAAAAAUAUGCUCUAAAUAAAAGGCCAAUAUUGGGACCAACCACAACUGACAAUGAAUUGGCUUUUAUAAUGUGUAAUUUAGCAAAAGUAAAAAAAGGUCAUAUUGUAUUAGAUCCUUUUGUAGGAUCUGGGGGGUUGUUAGUCUCAUGUUCCAUCUUUAAUGCAAUAUGUAUAGGUAAUGAUAUUGACAUAAGACUAUUGAAAGGUUAUAAAUUAUCUUAUUUAAAUCCACAUAUGAAACAUCAAAGUAACAAAAAAAAUAUUUUUCAAAAUUUUUUAUACUACAACUUAAAUAUGCCUGAUAUUUUAGUAUCUGAUAAUUCAAAGCCAAUUUGGAAUUUUUUCCAUAAGCCAUGGGUUGAUGCAAUAGUUACAGACCCUCCAUAUGGAAAUAGAGCAACUGUGAGGAUAAGUGUGAAGAAUUCUAGUAAUGCAAAUAACAAAGAAGAUAAUAUAUGUAAUGAUGAAUUAAGUGAAACUAGCCAAGUUAUAAAUAACUAUGAAAAAAAAUUAGGAAAAAAAAAAACAAUGAAUAACAAAACAAUUACAUACAACUGUACUGCAGCUGUUAGAGACUUGUUAAAUAUUGCAUCACAUACAUUAGUUGAUAACGGUAUGCUAGUGUUUUUAUUACCUGUUCAAUUGAAAACCAUUAGAGAAGAAAUAGAAAUUUUAAAUCAUUCAGAUUUUUAUCUAAUUUCUUAUGAUUUACAAACUUUGACUUCUUUUUCUGGAAGACUUAUAGUUUCUAUGCAAAGAAAGAGUAGAAUAUUAUUAGAUUAA